AUGUCGCCACCUCUUCCAACGUUGUCGGCCACCUAUGAAAACACACCUCUCAUUCCUCGCUUUGUCACCAAUGAACAAACACCUCACCACUUCUCUCACCCUCACCAUUGUUCUUUUAUAGAAUUCCUAAUGCUCCAUGUUCCUCCAAGUGCUCAAUUAGGAUUCUUGAUGGAAAAAAAGGGGAAUAAAAGAAUUAGGGCUAACGUUAUAAGAAAUCAGUACGCUUCCACCUCCCGCCUCAACACCUGCGACCUCCAAGCCCUUCUUCUGCUCCACGCCUCCACCUCCGGUCAACCCACCGGCGUCCACGGCGUUAUCUCCGGCGACAUCUCCGGCAUUCAGAGCUUCACUUCCAGCAACCACGCAUCCACCUCAGAGAUGAAAAGAAUGAUAGCAUUGGGAUUUGAAGGAUCAGCCAACAAGAUUGGUGUUGGUGUAGUGACUCUAGAUGGCACAAUCUUAUCAAACCCAAGACACACCUACAUCACCCCACCAGGUCAAGGAUUCCUCCCUCGUGAAACUGCCCAACACCAUUUUCAACAUAUCCUUCCCCUAAUCAAAGAAGCCCUUGAAACAGCUCAAAUUACAUUAAAGGACAUCGACUGUCUUUGUUACACAAAAGGUCCAGGAAUGGGUGCACCCUUGCAGGUUUCCGCCAUUGUUGUACGCGUUCUUUCUCAGCUAUGGAAGAUCCCAAUUGUAGGUGUCAAUCACUGUGUUGCUCAUAUUGAGAUGGGAAGAAUUGUCACUGGAGCUGAUGAUCCAGUUGUCCUCUAUGUUAGUGGUGGAAACACACAGGUGAUUGCAUAUAGUGAAGGAAGAUACAGAAUAUUUGGGGAGACAAUCGAUAUAGCUAUAGGUAACUGCUUGGACAGGUUUGCUAGGGUUUUAAUGCUAUCGAAUGAUCCAAGUCCAGGGUACAACAUUGAGCAGCUUGCAAAGAAGGGAGAAAAGUUCAUAGACCUUCCUUAUGUUGUGAAAGGAAUGGAUGUGUCUUUUAGUGGAAUAUUGAGCUACAUUGAAGCCACAGCGGAAGAAAAGCUUAAAAACAAUGAUUGUACCCCAGCAGAUUUAUGCUAUUCGUUGCAGGAGACGUUAUUUGCGAUGCUUGUGGAGAUUACAGAAAGGGCAAUGGCACACUGUGACAAGAAAGAUGUUUUGAUUGUUGGAGGUGUUGGGUGUAAUGAAAGGCUGAAAAUUCUUCAACAUGAAAGAGUGGCUGAAGAAUAG